AUGUCAAGUUUAAAUCGCGGGUACUACUUCAAUCCGAUAUUCUUUUCACCAAUAACUGUCAAUCAUAAAAAUGAACAAACAAUAACAUUAACGAUGUCGAAAAGCAGAAAGCUUACGAUAGGACAAAAGGACAUGAACGUUUUGUUUAUCACAAGCUUCGGUGUAAUAGGAAUAAGAAUAAACCUCGAGCUUGACGAUGAAAAUCAAAUCUCCAAACAGCUGAUUGCAGAAAUUGGCCUCGAUAGGUCUAAUAUUAUAACCACGAAGGGUGUUGAGCAGCUAGUAUACUCUGCGAUGAGUGCCCGCCCGAAUGUUGAUUGCACACUUGUAGAAACGAUGGUGAAAUGGAUAAUGAAGAACUCCACAGACAACUACGAAACCCGCAAUUUUAUAUCAUCGUCAGUUGCACGAUCAAGUAUCAUUCGGACUCAACUGUUUGCUAAAAUGUUGUUCUAUAAUCUGUCUGCGAAGCUUGUGCACUCACAGAUACGAUACUGCGUUCAAAAGUACCGUUUCAAACUCUUGGAAAUGUGGAUACAACAAAUAGAUCAUGAGACCGUAUUUCUUGGAAUCAUCUUUGGAAAUGUGAGUUAUACUGUUCAACAGUACAGAAGCGAAGUUGAAUUAUUACUUUAG